AUGUCGGAGAGUCUUGUUCCUGAGGGCGGAGACUCCUCCUCAGAGGAUUUCAGCCUGAGUGACUACGAGGAGAGGAGGCCGGGGCAAUCGUCAUGGGACGAAUCGGAUGAGAAGAUGCAGGAGGAGUCGAGCUCUUCCACAUCGUCGAGGACGAACGUGACCACGACCAAGGACCAGAAGCAGCCAGUCAUGGAGCAGCCAGUGAAGGAACUGCCACCAGCACAAGCUCCGACGCCGAAGGAGCAAGGAACGCAGACGGUAGUCGCUGGUGUUGCUGUGCCGGCGAUGACUGGGGAUCGGCAGGUCGUGCAGGACCAGGGGGAGUUUCUAUGGCAGAGGAGGGGAAGGCAGAAGGAGAAGAAGCUAGACGAUCUGAUGAUGGAGUCCUCCCUCUACGAGUCCGAGGCCAAGACUUACGAGAACGAGGCCAUCCGCCCCGAUAUGUCCAACGCCAGCGAUGUCUUCAACAUCAACGAGUACGCCGGCAAGUCGCUGGUGACUGACAUGCGCGCUGUCAAGUCGCUCGACUCCUACCAGACUGAACUGCUGGCGAGGACUAAGUACCCGGGCAAGCAGAGGCAGGACGCUAUCCUCGACGAUCUUAUGAUUGAGUCCUCCUCCGAGCCCCAGGGCCAUCCAAAGGAGAGGGAGGAGGAGGAGGCGGUCGAGGCUGAGGGCAUGGAGCCAUCGCACGCUGCUGCUCCUUCGAGCGAGUCCUCUAUCCAGCUGCAGAGGAAGGAGGGGCACCCGCAGACUCAAGAGGAGGAGUACAGCGACGACAUCGGGGGGGCGGGGAUAGUCGUUCGUCCUAUGUACAACGUGCUCUUGGAAGAAGCGAGGAAGAAGAAGGCAAAGAGGUCAAGGUCGAAGCACAAGAGCGAGGAGGUGGUGCAGGAGGACCUGGCGAUUCAGUACUUCGAGCCGAUCCCCAAGGGGAAGGUGCGGCUGCCGGACGGGAGGCUGCAGACGUACUUCUGCCCGUACCUCGAGAGCGGAUACAGCGACAUGCUCACUGAAGAGAUGGUGGAGCAAAUUGUUACGGAGAAGAACGAGACUUCGGGUGGGAGGCUCAGAUGCUACUCCAUUAGCGACAUCGCACGCAAGAUCACAGACGCUGCGGUUUCGCAAGGGCUCAUCGCCUCCUCCAAGUCUUUGCACUAUGAUCGAUUCUUCAACACCAUGAAAAAGGUACUGGUGCUGGUGCUGGUGCUGGUGCUGGUGCUUGUGCUGUUUGUAGUGGUUGUGGUGCUGUUGCUGGUGGUGCUGGUGUCACUUCUAUGGGUCACUGAGAAGGUUUUCGACGACGCCAAGAGGAUUGGGUGCCUUCCUCGUGCUGCUCCGCUCAAGAAGCUCCUCGAAGCGUUUCAAGCUCAUCUGUAUAUCGAUGGCGACAAGUUCGCCUACGGGCAUUCCAAGGAGUGGGCGGCUGAGUUCUUCACCGACGAGGAGCGGCAGUGUAUCCUCGACAAUCUACUCCGAUUCGCCCACAACGCAUCCGGCGUGCGCGUGCGAGGGAUUGACGCGCCGGAGGAUGACCCGACGGCCCUGCCCUGCCUCCCUGCUGACGUUUCGAUGUUCAAACACGCGUACGAGGACAUCAACUAUGUCCAGGAAGACGACGAGCUGCCGCUCCUAGUCAACCAGAGCAACUACACCGCCGCCCUCGAGGAGCUGAUGAAGGAUGCGUACGACUUGGAGUGUGUGGGGCACGAGGAAUUUUUAGACUUCGUGUUUCAGCCCGAGGGCACGAGCGAGAAGGUAGUGCAUCAAGGGGGAGGGAAGAAAACUGCGACUUCCAAGGAAGAGGGGAAGGGGAAAGAGAAGGGAAAGGGAGAGGGAGAAGGAGCAGGGGAGAGGGAGGGAGAGGGAGAUUUGUCGGAGGACGAGGAUUUCUUCUUCGACCUCAUGGAUCGACUUGGGCUGGGGAACCUCCAGAAGAAGAAUUAUUCCGAACUGAAGCUCGAUAAGCAUGAGAAGACGUGA